UUGAACUUUUGUUCUGCUGCUGCUUCUUGUGCCUCUGAGGUACAAAACAUACCUGUAAACUUAUAAUCAAUCAAACCGAUGUUCAAGGGCUAAAAAAAGAAACCCAAAAAGGGCACAGGCUUCAUGUUCAAUAGUGAGAAACUUGGGGUGGGCAAACCAGAAGAUUGCAGUUGGCAAUCGGCAGGUUUUCGGAGACCGGCGUCCCAGGUAGGUUGGUAUGAACCAGUUGAUUUCUUUCUCCCUCUCUUUCUUCUCCCCCUUGCUCCCCACCAAAAUACACUCUUGAAUCACAGGCAGGCUGGGCUGCCUGUAAAGCUCUGUUUCUGGCGUUCACAAGCAGAACAACCUCAGUGUCAUCCUGGUGCACCUGGAAAAGGGGAGAUGCGGCAACCCCACCAGCGGGUCAGGGGCACAGCCGGAGCCAGCUACGCAAGAUGGGCAAGACUGCUCGGGUUGCACAGGAUGAAAUCCAGAUAACUUGUCCUUUCCCUGCCGUACUGUACAUCCUAUACCUGUGCAAUCUAUAGGUGUUAUGGACACACAGACCACUGCCUUCCCCCAGCCCCAUCACCCCCAACUGCGUGGCCUUUGUUGGAAGCCCCGUGUGUCCCCCCCAGCAAGAGCUGGAGGAGGGCUGACUUCAAACUCCACUAAACAGUAGAGGCACAAUGCAAACAAAUGUAUUGCAGCACGCAGCUAUGCAAAUAGCUUUAGAGCACAGCACGUUUUCCCCAGCGUUAAUUGCCGCACCGCCAGGGUUGCGUAGCAACAGCUCCGUUUGUGUCUCUGACAGCUCCUGCCCCUUGAUGCCUCUGACACCUUCUGCGGCAGGCAGGGAAGGAGGAGGGAACAGGGCUGCCCUGGGAAAGCUAGAAGGGCCAAGAGGCCGGGAGGGGCUCAGGUGAUAAGAUUUGCUUGGGACACCCGGGUGUCCAGUGCCGGCACGGGGCGACACAUGCAGCGGGGCGUUGGGGCGCAGGAGCAGAGGAGCCUCCAGCAGCCGCAGCCUUGUGUGGGCAGCUUUCCAGGCUGGCGGCCAGAAAGGGCAGAGCUGCCAUCUCCCAGGCUCUGCAGGAAAGCUCACUGGCGGGUGGGUUGUCUCUCCCAUCGCAGUGAAAUCCUUCUGGGUACCCGGCACGGGUUUGUGACUGCGCUUGCAGCUCGGCUACAGGCAUAGAGGGUCCCCAGUAAGCCACCUCUCCCCAGCCACGGAGCUGCAGUAGGCUUGUGGCUUCUCCAGCCCUUGAGAGAGAUGACACGUUCCUCGAUACACACCCGCACCUAAGAAAGCCUCAGGCCAAGCCCUGUGGGAAGGGGUAAGCGUGGGCAUCGGGGAGAGGCUGCAGACGGUAUGGGCGGCCCCGGGCUCCCUCACUUGUCUGCUGAGCCCAGCAGCUUCUGCCGGGCUGACCUGUCCCUCCUGAAAGGCAGGCUUUUCAGAGACAGGGGUGGCUGCCUCUCGAGAACAAUUUUUCCUCCUGUUUAAAACCACGUUCCCAAUUCCCAUCCUCUGCGUUCGCCAGUCGGUCUUCAGCUCCUGCUGCGCCUUUGCCGGCAGGGAUGAGGAGCCUGUUAGUAGCCGGCACCUUCCCCCAGGAAGGCACUUCAGCUCUGCAAUCAGCUCACCUCUCCUCUCCUCACUGAUAAGCCACGUAAAUAAAUAGUUUCUCUGCAACAGUUUACACAAUCCGUAAGCAACCCUGCCUGAAGCUGUGGGACACUUGAAAUGAAAUAAACUCUUCUAUUACACCUGAGCAUGAAACAAGCUCUUCUCCAAAACUGCCUUAAGUAGAGAGGCUGCAGGCAAUCCUGCAUCCAUCGGCCGCCAGGCAAAAGAAUGGCCAUGGGCAAGUAGAGAAUGGCCAUGGGCAAGUUUUAUUUAGUAAUAAUAGCUAGAACAGACAGGAAUGGUGGGAAAUGCUGGGCAGCUACCAAGGUGCACAGAUUACUGGGUCCCAGGGAGCACAGAGCUGUUUCUGGGAGAUCUGGGGAUGAAGAGGCACAGGCUGCGUCUCAGCACCCUGGGGUAACAGGGAGAAGAAGGACUGAGGUGGGAUCGAGCCGUGUUCAGAGCCCAGCUGCAGGUGACAGACAGAACUCUGCCUUAAGGUUAUCCUUUGAAACUGAGAAAAAGGGGAUACUGCCUGCAGUACCCAAACAGGGGUGGGCUGGGGAAGGAGCAGAUGAGCUCAAGGUGAGAAGUUGCAGCCUAUCUUUGAGCCAAAGUGAUGUGAAAGCAGAGGACCCUGAAUGCAACGUGCCUGCAGAAGCAGCUGAACUGUGUCUCUGAGUGUGAGAUGAGUUUCCUAAGGACAAAGGGCAUCAAGGCUGAAUGGAUUUAUUUCCUUUAUCAAGCAGGAAAAGUAUUUAUCUCUGUUUUUUAAAUUUACAGCUUGACAAGCUGUGUGUAUCUCAUAUUGACUCCUUGGAGUACAGUGGGGCAAGUAAGGUGAAAAUAGGCACCGUGGCCUCAGUCACACUUCAGAGGAAGAAACUAGUUGAAGGCAAGGCAGAAAUGCCACCCUGGAGCCUUUAGGACCAGGGAGCCCAGGUCCCCUCUGCCAUACAAGCAGGACACGGGUCUUUUCCAGCCCCACACACCCAUGCAAAGCAGGCUUGAACUGCAACCAGCUGCAUUCGGCGUCGCUACUGCAAGGCGAGGAAGGAUUGUGCCCGGCCACUUUGGUCCCUUCUCCCAAAUUAGGGACUCUCUACGCAGACCCACAACCUCCUCCCUCACCAGGCAUCACCCAGCCUGUAGCUCGCCUUUUCUUCCUUGCCACCCACCCGGGCAACCGCUUCGCCUACGCCAUGGGCUCUUCUUUCGCAGCCAUUUGCGUGUAGCACCCGAAGGUGCCCUGGCAAGGAGGGAGUUGGCUGUUUUGCCACCGUAACCGCUUCCCGAGGCUGCCCGAGGAGCGUGGCGGCAGGGUGGGCCGGGGCAGGGCCACACCUCUGCUGCCGCCGUUAUAAAUUCGGUCUUGCUGGGGGAAGAUGGCUGCCGCUCUUAGGAGCUGGGCUUGUGUGCAGGCAAGAGGAAAGCAACCGCCCUCUUUGCAAAGGUGGAAAAAAAGUUGUGCUGAGCUCUGCCUCUUCGCAAAGCCCCCUGCUCCAAGCCCUCCUCUUGGGGGGGGGGGGGGGCUGAAAGGUUUUUUAUCUCCUUUGUUAUUCAGCAGGGCAAGGGGAGGAGCUGGGCUGUGUAAGAGAUCCUGGCUGACAUAACCCUUCCCAUGCAGGGAUCUGGAGAGGGGCCAGGUUGUACCUGAGCAUUUUUAUUUAAACUAAUCCCAGGCAUUGCAAAUUGAAAGUCAUCACAGCGCCAGGUAGAACCAGUUGAGACGGUUGCUGAAGGGCGUUUUUCUUGCCCGGGUGUAGUAAAGCAGUCUCGAGUGAGGAUGCAGCAGAGACAAUAGCAAUAGACUCUAACAAUCAGCCGAAGUCUCCACUGGAAAAGUUUAUGGUCAGACUGUGUACACAUCACCAGAAGCAAUUCAUUCGUGUGCUAAACGACAUAUACACUGAAGUACAACCAGACUCUGAAGGCCAGCAGCUGUCUGAAUCCAAGAGCAUGGAGGCCUCUACUUGUGGCUCUGGUUGUAGCCAGCGAAGCACUGAAAAUCAUGAUAAGGGUGGUACUUGUACUGAAUCAAAGCCCCCUUCUUCCUCAGACCUGGGACAGUCGGGGUCCGAUGUCCCCCUGCAUGUUACGGGACAAGCCCCGAAGCAGCCAGCAGAGCUGAAGUCUCUGGACAGAGGAGAGAGCUCCAGUCCUGCUUUGAGAAGGGACUUCGAGCUCCCCGUCACCAGGCUUCGUUCUGCUAGUCCAAAGGAUAACUCCACCCAAGGAUACCUCAGCACGUUGAACUCUUCCUCUUUGAAUUUCCAUCAUGCCGUGAAGAGCCUGGAAGGGCAGCAAGCUGCUGGACACGAGCAAGAAGCCGGUGUCAGAAAGUGUGAGGACAAUAAAGAGCAGCUAGCAGGUAAGACUCUUGUGGAAGGUUAUAUCUCGGUCAAAGUGGCAAAUGUGAACGGCAGCGAGGACAGCUUAGACAGCUGUCUGGGGUCCCAAAAGAGCUCUUUCAGAGCUCUGCCGGAAGAGUCCUGGGAUCCUGGCUUUGCGGUGACCCCCCCUCGCAGAGCCGACAAAGAGAACACUUUGCAAUGCAGCUCGAAAGCAUCUUUGCACCAGGACUUAGACGCAAAAGAACAAGAUGCGAGACCAAAGCAAGAAAACCACCUGCACGCCGUGGCCAAGGGCAAGGCAGGCUGCCACCUGCACCCGGCCGACAAGGGCCCGCUCGACAAGUCCAAAGAGGGCUGGCUGCCCGCCGGCGCUGCGCCAGCCGCCCACCGGACCCCCGGCGGGCACCCCCGCGCCAAGGCAGCCUCCCUCAGAUCCACUCGGAAGAGCAAGAAGGCAUCGGGGCUGAGGAUCAACGACUACGACAACCAGUGCGACGUGGUCUACAUCAGCCAGCCCAUCACCGAGUGCCAUUUCGAGAGCCAGCGGUCGGUGUCAUCCCGCAAGACGGCGAGGAAGAGCACGCGGGGAUACUACUUCAACGGGGAGUGCUGCGAGCUCCCGACUGUCCGCACGCUGGUUAAGAGCUCCCGGACGGAGGAGAGGGGGAGCAGCCCGGCACUGCGAACAGAGACCCUUGUAAGCGCUAAGCCACCCCUGGUGCUCUCGGUGGGGGGGUCUGCAGGGGCAGGACGGGAAGGCGAGAAGAGGGUUUCCCUGAGGCUCCUGGCUAAAGGGGCACCAACCAGCCGUGAAACGAAAGAGAGAGCUGAGCCGGGCUCUGUGCAGCCCCGGGAUACCCGGGCACUGCGGUCGAGGGAAGCCACCAUGGCCGUGCCCUUCUUCUCCCUCUCUGCUCCACCCAGCCCCCAGAAAGAGGACAGCUUGGCCAGCUCGCCACCCCCUGGCUCCCCUCCUGCCGAAGGAGGGGGGACGACAGCAGGAGGGACCAUCCCCUGGGAGGCUGGCAGCAGCCUGGGCUCCUCUGGGGACAGCGGUGGCGGCAGGCAGGCUGCCGAUUUUGCUGCCCUUCCCAUCUCAGAAGCACCUGGAGGAGAGGAAGGUUGUCCAGGCUCUGGCGUACAAACUGAUCCGGACCUCCCCGCCAGCCCGGAGCCAAAGUCCCCCUUGCAGCCCUCCGCCGCUGCGGACACAGCACCCCCGGCCCAUGAUGGUGCCAGGGAUCCUGCCCAGCUUCCAGGUGUGGGAGACACAGAGCCCUGUGGGCUGUGUCCGGCAGAGCCCUCCCCAUGCUCUCCAGGCCGGCAGGCUCCUGAUGAACCCCCUGCCACCGUGGAUGGGGAGAGCCCCCUGGAGCCCCCUGCCACCUUGCAGUGCAUGGAUGUGAGCAAAAACAUCGAUGCUGAACCAGAAGCCGAAUUAUCAGGUAUGGUAGGUGACGGCUCCCUCGAGCAAGAGGAGGCUGUGCUGGCCAGCACAGCCCUCCCCGAAGUCUCAGAAGGGGAGGCAGUGCAGAAUAACAGCCCAGCAGGUGAAAAAGAGCCUGCUGAAGGGGAAAUGCUGCCUGAACCUGACAGCUCAGACAAUGCAGGGAAAGACUCUGUCUCUUCCAAAGACAGUCUAGAUAAGAAGCGAAAAAAAGGCAGGAGAGUGCUUGUGGCAUCAGACCGGCGUCUCCGAAGCCAGCAAUCCCAGUCACCCACUGAGAGCAGUGCUGAGGACACUGGUUCUUCCAGCUCUGUGCAGCUUCCUUGCCUUCAGGUCAAACUCUCCAAGAGUCCUGGCGCUAAGCGGUUCAAGAGAGAAGUGCACCUGGAUGGAGCAGCAUCCCUGCACUUCCCAAACGACUGCUUCCCCAAUGUGCUGCUCAAAACCAGCGAGGGGCCGGGCACUGACCAGGCUCCAGAGAGCAUCGCUGAGCAGCAGCCAGGUGAGGAGAAUGGUGUCACUACCAGACAAACCUAUAAAAGCAUCUUAGCGAAAGAGAGUGCGUCAGAGGUAGAAACUUCCUCUAAAGACGACCCCCCUGCUAAUGGCAGCCAAAGUCAACCGGGUGAGAUGCUGGAAAUCAGCAUGCAGGCUGAUUCUGAGAAGAGAAGUAUUCCCCUCUCUCCAGAGAGCAGCGUGCCUACAAAUGAUGCCAAGCAAGUGGAUGUGAAACCAGGCGAUGCCAGCGCAAAGGAUGAGAAGGGCUCUGACAGUGCCAUGGACAUGGGCAAGCUGGAGACCUAUGAGCUGGUGGCCAAUUCACCUCCAUGUCCCAGCAGCAGAGGUGGAAGCAAGCAUCUUCCAGCAAAGGCUGUGAAGCAUAAAAAGGUCGCCCUGCAGUUUUAUAACUUAAGACAUGCACCUGCACCUGUAGACACCACAAAAAAGAGCACACCAGGGAAGGAGUCUGUGCAAGCGAUCCCCAAACCGAGGGACGAAAGCCGUUCAGGGAAUGACAACUCCUCAGCGUUGGAGGACAUAGACACGGCUGACAGCAAACCAAAGUUCAUGGAGUGGUGUGCUGAAGAGGAGAACCAGGAGCUCAUUGCCGAGUUCAACACCCAGUACAUGAAAGUUCAGAAGGGCUGGAUUCAGCUGGAGAAGGAGGUGCAGCCAACCCCCAAGGUAAAGAACAAAGCCGACAAACUGAAGGAGAUUUGGAAAAGUAAGAAAAGGACACGGAAAAGUAGAGGCUCGCUGGAAGUGCAGAAGCUUUCUCCUGUCCAGAUGCUGUUUAUGAAGGCCUUUAAGCUGUCCGACAUCUGCCAGUGGUUUCUGGAGACAACCGAAACCAGGUCUCUUGUGAUCGUGAAGAAACUCAACACCCGUCUCCCAGGGGAGAUCCCCCCCAUCAAAGUCCCCAUGCAGAAAUAUUCCUCCUCCAGUCUCUACCCCAGUUCACUGCAAGCAGAACGUUUGAAAAAACAUCUCAAGAAGUUUGCUGCCACUACCCCGGCUCGGAAUAACCUGAAGAACCAAAAGCUUUGGGCCAAAAUUCGGGAGAAUGCUGAUAAAGCAGAGGCUGAAGAAGCCACCGCUCCCAGCCAGACGUCUCCCACCGACGCUGGCACAGAGGACCUGAGCGAAGACAAAACCAUCCAGCCUGCCCCCAGCUUGCCCACACAGGCCAGCACCCGGAUCCUGCGCAAGUACUCCAACCUGCGGGGCAAGCUGCGAGCCCAGCACCGCAUGGUGAAGGCGGAGAAGAAGAGUGAUGGCCCGGGGGACCACCUGUCUCUGGAGAGCAGGCAGAGCCGGAAAAGCGUGUGCAUCAACCCGCUGAUGUCUCCAAAGUUGGCCUUGCAGAUCAAAGCAGAUGCCUUUCCUGCUAAAUCUCCAUCAGUGGAUGGCACGGGGAAGGGGCGGAAGGGGAAGAGCAGGUCCCAGGAGGACCUCUCGCCCAAAGCCGACCUCCAGCUCAGCAGGAAGAAGAGGACGCUGAAGGAGAGCGGGAGCACCCAGGAGCGGUCCAGCUCCUCCACCAAGGACAAGCUGCCUGCCAAGAAGGCCAGUAAAAUAAAGCAUUCGGAGGUCAGCACGAAAGCUCCCGCCACCCGAAAGCAGGCUGCCAUGGAGAGGAGCAAUAAACUGGCUAGAAAAAUGUCUUUGAAAGAGAAGAGAGUCCCAAAAAGGCAGCUGGAGAAGGUGCGGCUCCCCAUGCGGAAGGGCAAGGAGAACACAAGCAGACGGGCCGUGCUGCCUCCUGGCCACGAGGAGCUGGCCAAGUCCCCGAAGCAGAAGCCCCUGGGGGAGUCCUCCACAAGGUCACAGAAGAUGGCCAACAAGAAGCCCAGCGUAGGGAAGACCCUGACGAGGUCCAUGAGGAAGAUGCAGGAGAGCAGCGGUUCACAGGGCAAGAGGAAGCUGAGGGCAAAAGUGGACUGUUCGCACAGCAAACGCUCGCGACUGGACCCGAAAUAGCAAAGAACCGGUAGCCAUGUACAAAACUGAUGUAUAGUAGUAACCCUUUACCAUGCAUUAACUAAAGCUGCUUUUAUAAGCUGUAGCAAGCCUUUAAAAAUCCGCAGUUAAAGGAUAAUGCCCGUGAUUUUAGGCAUCGGCAGAUGUGUCUCGGACAGAGAAGAGGUCGGCCUGUCUGGCUCUGCUGUUCAGAAGGAAGUUUCUGCAGUUUGAACGUUCCUUGGGUUUUUUUAAACUUGGAACCAGGCAGUUUUAGUUAAAAGUACAGUGCCUUAUUUAUCACUUUAAAAAUAAAAAUAAGAAGCUCGUCUGUGUGAUUUGGAGGCUUGCGUUUUAUACUUGAGGCACAAGCACUUGUACUGUAGCAGAAAGAAAACCACCUUCGUGCACAUGAAGUAGCUUUCGGCAGCCUUUGGGUGCACGCAAACAUUUCCCUUUCCUUCAGAGUCCUCCUUCUGUCUGUCUUCUUAGUGGCAUUUAAAGCAAAACCAAAACCAUUUCCCAUCAGUGAGGGAGAGAAAGGCGAAAUCUGUCCUUUGUCGGUUCGUUAGUAGCAGCUGCUGGUGUCCCAUGCUGUUACCUGCAUAAAAGUAUUAAUUAGCUACUGGUGUGUGUACUGCUGAUGGCUGCCUCACUCCCCCAUUGCACAGCCCGUGGGGUGGGGAGGUCCCGCUCAGGUGGAGGCGGCGGAGGAGAUGCUGCGGGUACCAGGCUGCCGCAUCCACUGCUGCCGGGCGGGCGUGCUGGGCUGUAUCCGCCUUUAUUUCUUGCUGGCUUCAGGGAUGAAUCGGUCCUGCUGUGCCCUGCUUUUGGACAGACCUCCUUCUCCCAUUUUGCUGCGCUCAUGGUGAUUUCUGUGGUCUCUGACGGCAAAGCAGUUUCCGUGGCGCUUUGCUGAAGGUUGAAUCUCUCCCUUCUUACGGGCUCGAGCUUCUUCUGAUGUUGAUGCUCUGCAAAAGGGGAGCACUGGCCCUCACCCUGUGCUCUUGUACACGUCUUGCCUAGCACCCUCUUAGGCCAGGAUUUGCAGUUGGAAUAGGAUUGAGAGAAGGGGCUGACUUAAGUUUAUUUUUUGCCGUAAUUUGCAUUUCAUCCUUUUACUAGCAAGUUGCGGUUGGUUUGUUCUUGCUUGUGUCUGGUGCUGUGUAGUCUGAAAGCAGCCAAGCCUCUGCCCUGUCCUGCACGAUGCCUUUGCAGGGCUCCUCUGCAAGCCUCUGCAGCACAUUUAAAAGCCUGCUGGGAGUCUGCAGUGGCAGAGCAGGGUCACGGUGCCUAGCACCUCUGAGAAAAACCUGUUAGAAGUGCACAGAGCAUGUGGCUGUGCUGGCUCUGCUGGGUAGGGAUGCUCGGUGGCUGAGAAGGGACUGCUGCGGUCUGUGCUCGGGGAAAGGGCCCUCCUCAGCCAUUGCAUCUCCACGGCUUCACUUGGCGUCGCUGCACAAAGUCCGUUUGCGUGAAUCCCGAUGCAAGCCUCCUCCUGUGCAGAAAGCAGCGAUGCCCGAGAGGGCACCGUGUGGGCUCUGGGGUUGCCCAACCUUUAACAGUCACUUGCCGGUCCUUGCUCAGCUCCUUGUCCCUGCUCAGAGCAAGGCUCUGGUGCAGGCCACUCAUUCAAGAGAUGCCUGCCCUGGGGGCAGAGGCUAUAGAGGGCUCUGCUGCAAUGGGAAUUGCUUUUCACAGUUAGCAUUGAACCCAGAUCCCCAAACCCGUGGACUGAAGGUGGAAAGCAGAUAAUCGUCUUUAAAUCUUUCAUUGUACCUGUUUAGAGGAUGAAACAAGCCGUUUGAGAUUCACACGCCCCUUGCAGAGCACCUCUGGCUCUCUUGCAGGUAUUCCCUUCCCCCAGCGCUGACGCACACGAGGCUGCGGCACAUUUUUCUCUUACUAUGAAAUGGCUGAUUUAAAGAAAAAAAAAAAACACCUUUACCUUUCCUUUGAAUCAUCCUAGAAUAAGUUAACUCUCUGAACAGCUAGGAAGUGAUUAAAUCUAGCCUGUCAGUCCCUGUACAGAUUAAUAUGAAGUUAUCUAUUACUUUAAUUUUUACUGCAUGCAUUAAAUAUGUCAAACAUUCCAUCAGAAAAGAUUUAAAAGCGUUUCAGGAGAGGUGUGAGGCAGGAGUGCACUGAUGGCAGUUAAAUGACUGAUCUGUACCUUUCUUACAGGUUGUCUUUCCUUCUUGCUUCUCCAUCCGUACUUACGGUCCUCUUCUAACCUCCCGCUGGGGCAGCCUCUCGGCAGGCAUGCGGGCCCGGCAUUUCCCCUCCUUCCUCUGGGCCAGGCAUGUGUGUGAGCACCCCUCUUACCUCCGCUCCUCGUGCUGCUCCCCAGCAGCAAAACCCCUUUUCCCCAUCCUUCACAACCUCUCUUUCUCCAUCCUUCACCAUCGCUCCUGAAGCACCUGCGCCGGGCUGCGCAUGCAGAGCCGUGCGGGGCCCCAUGCACCGAGCGCUCCUCAGGUCUUUCCCUCUCUCUUGCUUUCUAAUUUUUUAGCUGCUUGUAAAUGCAGGCUGCUCUGCUCUCCAUCUUCUGUGCUUCUGGGAGUGGGAACCUCAUUAGGAUAAAAACCUCAACAAAGCAAGUGGAGAUAGGCUUUCUGGAUGGGGUGCUGCUGGCUGCUCCAGCCUCCUGGCUGCCUUCCUGCACCCUGGGGCUCCACUGGCACCAGUUGGCUCAGCAUGGCAAGGGUGGGAGGUGGCAGGUGUCACACUGGUGCAGGACCUGGGCGCCUGUCCCAGUUCAGUGCGCACGGCUUGGCUUAGGCGGUGGUGGGAUCAGUGCGCUGAGGUGCCCGGCAGCGUCCCUGCCAGGCGUCAGCUCCGGAGAGGAAUGGCCAGGACCUGUCACGGGGAGAAAUCAGAGAUACUAAAAGGACAACCAUAUUCCUCCCAGCCCUUUGAAUUUCCAGUCUCGGUCUGCAGUUUUCUGUCAUACUGCUGUGUUUCAGCUUAGUUGGAUGGAGAUUUCCUGUGCUGAAGGCAGGUCUCCUUGGGACGAAGCCCUGUCAGCAGAUGCUGUAGGAGUCACAGGGUUUCGGGAAGGAGUGAGGUGGCAUUGGCUGGACAGCGUGCAGGCAACGUGGCCUGAGACUCAAAAAGCCUGCAGCUUGUCCCAGGCUCUGAUCGCCUUCAGCCGGCAGCUCUGUCCCUGCCUGGGGGAUGCUAGAGGCGUUCAGCGAGCCCUGGGUUUCCCACGUUAGAUCCAGCAUGUCUGCACAAAAAGUAACACUCACGAAAUCUGUGCAAAGCCCCUACUGACUUUUAACAGGAGCUGGGCUGUGCCUCGUAGGUGUAAAUCUGAACUUCUGCACCCUUUAAUGAGGAAAGGUAGAGGGCGCGUUUUUUGUCAGGAUGGGGCUGAAAAGAGGAUUCUGGGCUGGGCUAUGAGUUGUUAUUCUUGUCUUCAGAAAGCAAAUGAAGAGAAAGCAAAUAAUUCUGAGGUUUUUUUUCAAAGAAAAACCUUUUUAAAUACAAUUGCCCCAGCCUGCUGCCUGGGACCAGACCAGGCGAGGAGUGUACUGCCUGUCCCUCGUGGGCAUGUAGCUCAGGUGGGCAGAUGGCAGAGCAGCACCUUAGGCAUCUGCAGGGCCAGGGAGCAGUGGGUUUGCCAGACGUGCCAAGCCAUGAGGCUGUCCCAUGGGGUGAGAUGGUCUGGGGUCUUGUCAACAGGGACCCCCCUGCUCCACUGUUCUUGGGUCUGGUCCCUGGUGCUGCAGUCCCUGCAGGGCUCUCCCCGCUGGGCACAAAAAACCUACUCAGAGCUGCUCCGCUCUCUGCCUCCUCUCUUUUCCUCCCAACAACUCCCCCUUACUUAAAAAUUACAAUUUUGAGGAAAACUGGAGUGAUUCUUCUCUACAUCGUGCUGUUUGUGAGGAGCUGGCAGGAGUGUUUCCUCCUGCAACUGCUGUGCUGAGUGGUGGGUUUAACUCAUGCAGGUAGUCUUUGCAGAGGGCAGGCUUGUUUGCUGAGGUAGGGUGAAGCCAUUGCCUGUGACUGAGUUAUUGCAGCAAGCACUUGGGGCUUGACCUUUCCAGCCCACCCCAAGGUGGGAAUAUCGGUGCUUUAGUACAAGUUCUCUGAAUUACAGAUUUGUGCAAUCCUUUGGGUUACCCCAGGGGAGGAUCCCCCAGGGGUGAGGUAGGCCAGCAGUGGUCGUCAUCUCUAGAAAAGCAUUAAGGUUUUCUGCUCUGAGCAAACCCCCAGCUCCUUGCUGGGCUCCUUUCCUUGCUGUCACUGCUCCGGGAGAUGCCGUCUUUGGCCCCUCUGCCUCUCCUGUGUGCAUUCUCCACUUGAUACCAGUAGUAGCUGCAGGACUUGCAGACUAAAAGACCGGCUUUUAAUGUACUUCACGCUUGCUUUUGUGAGUGCUUUAUUUUGGGGCAGGAAAGAGGAAUGCUGUAACUUGCUAGAAAAUUAAAUUUCAAUUUAAUUUGCUAGCAAAUUAAAGGGUCUGCAUGUGAGGUGACUGCCUGGCAGGGUGGCAUUGCCUGGAUAGCUUCAUUUUCUUUAUCAGUGCUCAGAUGUUUGAAUUUUUUCUCCUUUCUAUUUUUCCCAAUCAGUCCUCAUGUUGCAUUACUCUCUUCCAAAUUUACUUCCCAGUUUCCUCUCUCCACACAGCCAUGUUUCAGCUAGAGUAGUGCACAAGAGACACAAAAAUAAGUAGAGGUAAUACCAUAUAUAUAAAACCUGUUGCUCUUUGUUAAUGACUUGGGCCAUGCACUACUUGUGUCUGUUUGUUCUGCAGCGAGGCAGCGGUGAGGUGUGCUGCUGAGGCACAGCCCCUGCUUUGGAGCGACCUGUUUCCAAUAAAUGCAGCUUCUGUGCAAUGCAAGGGAUGCGCAGGGAGCUGCAGACAAUCUUAAUGAAUGGAAGGAAAUAAGCGACGCGAUUUAUUGCCUUAUUCCACACGGGCAUGGAGUGUGUUUCCGUUUGCUAUGGUGCAGAGCUGCCCACUGGCACUACCACAGUGCCAUCCUCAGCUCCACAGCCUCAUUGCGCUCCUCCUCCUCCGGGCCACCCUGCAGCUCCCUGCUCUGCUUCUUCAGCUCUGGAUUUCAGCAGAAGUGCUGUGUCCCACAAAACAGACCUCUUCUCUUUCCAUUACUUUGGCUUUCCUUGCUGGCCACUUUCUCAUCCUAUUCUUGAAACUAGUCUCCAUCCCAGCUCCCUGGUCCAUGUACCAGGAGCAGCAUCUUCUUAGCUCUGCAUCUCCACAAAUGUUCUUACUGUCCCUUGGCUGCCAGCCCCCCUCUCUCACUGGCACGGUUACCUUUUCCUCUCUCACCUUGUCAUCGGCAGCUCCAGGUGGGUCUUCACACUUCACAUGGUCAGGAACCAUCUACCUUACCUAAACUCUGGGAGGGGCUGGCUUUGCUGAGCUCAGAGUCAAAAUCUACCUGUGGGGGGUUGAGGGCUGCAGCAAGUGCUGUUUGAGCCCAGGAUGGCUCCUUGUAUCUGUAGCUGUUAGGGUCUUGUCUAGCAAUGCUAGCCCUGGAAUGGGUUUCUCUGCUGACGGGAUGCAUGCAGUAUAUCCAAGGUGUGCACGUGUUUAUAUUCAUCACUAAUGAGGUCCUUUUUGCUCGUGUUUGCUGCGUGCAGUGGUGUUUCUGUGUUCAACUGCCAACACGUCAGUGAGACGCAUUUGCAGCAAACCUUCUCCAAAGAGCUGUUUAGCCAGUGCUGACGCUUUCAGCAAACUUUCUGCCGCGUUGCUGAUCAUCCUCCGUGAGCUGGGAGAGCAGGAUGAACUCGUCCCCGCUGCUCUCUGCAUCCCUGUCCCUCCCGUGCUGAGGGGAGCCAUGCAGUGCAGGACCGAGUGGGCUGGCAGGCUGCCCGAGCCGCUUUUUGCCUGUGUGUGGAUGAGCGAAGCUGCAGCCCAGCUCACGUCCCAGCCGCUUGCACGGCACCUCUGGAAAUGCUGGUGUUUCCGAAAGCUCUGCCAGCCCCUGCUAACCCCCUGGGAAAUAGAGACUCAAUCUCAGAAGUACACAGAUGUACUGCUGCCCUACUCUAACUGAUGGACAGUUUCUCUCUCCAGCUCGUAUUCUCUCAGCCUGACAACUGCAUUCCCAGUUGAAGGCAACUGGGAAAACUGCAGUUCCCAGCCUCCCGCAGGCAUGGGCAGUGCCUGGGGCAGCAGGGGAGUGCGUGCUGCCGUCCGGCUCGGGCUCUGGCCUUCCCACCACCGGCGGUCGUGCCGGGGGAAGAGGGCUGAGCCCCAGGCAAGGCGUGCUCGGGUCCGCAUCCUCGGGCUGUACGCCUGGACAGCCCGGGAGCGAGGCGGGGGUAGGCUCCCCCUGCCAGGGAACGCCACUGCAGCUUUUCUUGUAGCGGUAGGUUUUUUUGAGCAAACCACGAGGCUACGAUGUCCCCGCAAUCGCGCGCGUCCCCCCCCUCCGUGUGUCGUAGCGUCCGUUCGGCCCAUCCUUUAGCUUGGUGGUUGUGAAAUGAAUCCAUCUGUUCUAAGAUGUUCUCAGGAGUUCUUGUUUGUAUUAAGCUCACCCCUAGGCUUAGCAGAAAUCACGGUCCCCGUCCUUCCUCCUCCCCUCCCCGCGGACAAGCCCUCUCUUUCACGAGCACUUCCACCCCCUCCCCGAAGGGCGGCGGGGGGGGGGCAGCUGGCGGUUUCGAUUCAGGGCACGUUGGCAGCUUGGGGGGCAGCCGGAGGAGCUGGGGUGCAGCCGGCCGGUGUUCGCAGUGUGGGUCGGGAGGCCGGGCGGUCCCUCGGGCUGCGUUGCUAGCCAAUGUUUUCUAAGUCUGUUUGUAAGAGUACCUAAUUUUAAAAUGAAAUGUGAAUAUAUAUUAUGUGUAGGUGCCAUGUAAGAUAGUGUUGUGCUAGGCGGCAGGUUGCUAACCUACUUUUUAAGCUUUUUGGGGGCAGGAAAAAGCAUUUUUCUCUCACUUCAUGCUCACAGACCUAAUAUUGUAAAUAGUUUUUUUUUAAUAUUUAUUUCAUGGGCUUUCCACAGGUUCUUGUUCUGACUGGUGUGUCGGUUGGUGGGGCUGUAUCGCCCAGCGUGCCGCAACCAAAGGGCUGGCUAUUGCGUGGGGGGACGGGAUGGGGUGGGUGGGGGGUGGUGGUGUGUGGUUUGGGUUUUUUAUGUCACAUCAAAGUUGAAGCAUUAACUCUUUCUCUUCAUCUCAUUUUGAUGAUGUCAGACCUGGUCGAUGGCCACGGUCCCCGGGGAGGCAGUGAGCUCCCGUGGCCGGCCGGGAUGGCCGUUCCCCGGGGCGGGGAGCACUGCAAGCAAUAAGAUUUGUAGUAAUAAUGUCUGCUUCGAUGGCAGGGGCUCUUGGGGCUCGGGGCCCAGUGGGAAUAACCCCACUCCCAGUGGGGGCUCAGUCCAGCACGGCAUGAUGGGGGUGGGGGGGGACACACACGACAGCUCUUGGCCUGGGGAUGCCCAAGGAGGCAUCCCCAGGGAUGCAGGAGGUGGGGGCUGCCGUCACCCCCAAGGAACCCCCGCCCAGAACGGCCAGGGUAGGGUAGGUGGUUACUGAUAGCAAACUCCUGCUAGUGAAUUACUGCAGUAAGCAGCUGCCUUCGGGGCUCCUGCGCUUCCUGCGGGUAUGGGUGACCCAAGGGAGCACACUGCUGUCGCCGUUACAAUCCCAGUGCUGGCUCCAGAGGGUCAUUUGCUCAUUUGAUUGCCAUUCUGCAAUUUUUAUUCUCCUUCUAGGGGGUUCGAGGUCAUUUGGUUGGUUUUUUCCUAAGUGUGUUUGGAUUUUUCUUAUUUUUUUUUUUAAAUCCCCUUUUGCCUGGAAGUGUUUGCCGGCUCUGCUCCCCCCAGCCUGGCUGUCUGUGUGGGGCAGCGUCAGCAGGAUCAUUGCUACUUUUAUGGUGAUGGGUCCCUGACUUUGGAGGGUGGAGCGGGGAGUGCUGCCGGGUCCUGGCCCUGCAGGAGCCCUCGCCAGACCCAUGCUUCCUUUGCCCUUGGAACAGGUGUGUAUAAAAAAAAAGAAAAAAAGAAAAGGGAAAAAAGGCAACAACAACCCAGUAAAUUUUUCUUUUAUAAGAUGCUCAGCAUUUAAAUAUUAUCUCCACCCUGACGGCAAAUGUUUUUCCUUCAUCUGUGUCUACUUCCCUGGGAGAGUUUUGUUUCUCUGUUUGUUUCUGUAUGAAUUUUAGACACUGAGCUGAAAAGUCCUCCUGUCCGGUACUGUAUGUUUGAGCCUAAGCAAUGUGAACUGUACAGACCAGCGGUGGGAAAUGGGAGCCGGUGACUGCACCUGGGAGAGCCGUGGCUUGGGACGGCAUUCCCGGCUGCUCUGGGGAGUGGGAAGUACUGCGUCGCGAGUUGGGAAAAUGAACUGUCUGCUGUGAAUUCUCGGUUGGAAAUGUGGAGAGGGGUUUCCAUUAGAUAAUGUUUACAUACCUCACCUGACAAACCUUUGAAAGUGUAUAUAAAAAAAAAAAGAAAAUAAAAUUAUAUUAAGUUGCUUUAAAUCAAUAUGUAUAGCUAUAAGAGCUGGGUCAUUUGAACUUUGAAUAUGUAUCAACUCUCUAAAUGUUGACAUUUUGUGAAGUCUGUGCUCCUGUCUUUUAUUUCAUCCUAGCCUAUGGAAGAAGUUGUGUUCUUGUUCCAGGUAAAAGGUCCCUGACUCAGAUCUGAACUCCUCAAGGAUUCCCACCACCUUGUUUUCUUUUCUUCCUCCACUGUCGAUAUCCACCCUAUGAGCUUUCUAAAGGUCCGUAUUUUAUUGCAGCUUAUUAAACGUUUCUUUGAUAUCAA